AUGGCCUGGCUGGCGACCUGCCUGACCGUGGUAGCAGCGGACAGUCUCAAAGUUCCAGGGGAAUCCCCCUUGGAGUUUUGCAACUCUAAUCGCGACCACGACGCCGUACAAAUUGACAAAGUUGACAUUUCUCCUAAUCCUCCUAAACCGGGAAAGCCUCUAAUCGUCACCUUCGAGGGGGUCGUCAAGAAGAACAUCGCCGACGGCGCCUACGCCAAGGUUGUCGUGAAAUAUGGUCUGAUCCAACUCCUCUCCACUACAGUGGACUUUUGCGAGCAGACGCAGAACGUCGACCUCAACUGCCCUCUUGAGCCUGGCAAAAUGGUCAUCACGAAGAGCAUCGACAUGCCCUCUGUGAUUCCUCCGGGGACGUACAAUGUUCUCGCUGAUGCGUACACGGACGAUGACGAGAACAUUUCCUGCCUCAAGGCUACUGUCAACUUUCCACGGCCUGGGCUUCUUGGCGAGGAGCUUUGA